AGGAGGAGGAGGAGGAGGAGGAGGAGGAAGGCACGGAGGAGGACGGAGCCGCGGGCGGAGCGCCGGCGCUGCUGCUAUUGUUCCGCACCAGGCGCCAGCCGGGACACGUGGCGCCGCUGAGCCCCGCACCGCGCUUGCAUCUGCGGGUCCCGCACGCAGCCGCCCGGCACCAUGGGCAAGGGGGCUGGAAGAGACAAAUAUGAGCCUACUGCUACAUCAGAGCAUGGCACAAAGAAGAAAAAGGGGAAGGAGAGAGACAUGGAGGAGCUGAAAAAGGAGGUCUCAAUGGAUGAUCACAAGCUGAGCCUUGAUGAACUCCAUCGUAAAUAUGGAACAGACUUGAGUCGAGGUUUGACACCUGCACGUGCAGCUGAGAUUUUGGCUCGUGAUGGCCCAAAUGCCCUCACCCCACCACCAACCACUCCUGAAUGGGUAAAGUUCUGUCGGCAGCUCUUUGGAGGAUUCUCGCUUCUGCUGUGGAUUGGCGCUGUUCUGUGUUUUCUGGCUUAUGGCAUACAAAGUGCAAAGGCGGAGGAGACCAAUAAUGAUAAUCUAUACCUCGGUAUUGUGUUGGCAGCUGUGGUUAUCAUUACUGGCUGUUUCUCUUACUACCAAGAAGCAAAAAGUUCAAAGAUUAUGGAGUCCUUCAAGAACAUGGUGCCUCAGCAAGCUCUUGUAGUCAGAAAUGGUGAGAAGAUGAGCAUAAAUGCUGAAGGUGUAGUAGUUGGAGAUCUAGUGGAGGUGAAAGGAGGAGACAGAAUUCCAGCUGACCUUCGUAUCAUAUCUGCUCAUGGUUGCAAGGUGGACAACUCUUCUCUCACUGGGGAAUCAGAGCCUCAGACCAGGUCUCCAGACCUCACCAAUGAGAACCCACUGGAGACCAGAAACAUUGCCUUCUUUUCUACCAACUGUGUGGAAGGCACUGCCCGUGGCAUAGUGAUUAGCACUGGAGACCGCACUGUGAUGGGCAGGAUAGCCAGUCUGGCUUCUGGACUGGAGGGGGGGAAAACUCCCAUUGCCAUGGAGAUUGAGCACUUUAUCCACAUCAUCACUGGAGUAGCUGUAUUCCUGGGCUUCAGCUUCUUCAUCCUCUCACUCAUCCUUGAGUACACUUGGCUGGAGGCUGUAAUCUUCCUCAUUGGGAUCAUUGUUGCCAAUGUUCCUGAGGGACUGCUUGCAACAGUCACGGUAUGUCUGACGCUAACAGCUAAGCGUAUGGCUCGUAAGAACUGCUUGGUAAAGAAUCUGGAGGCUGUGGAAACCCUGGGCUCCACGUCAACCAUCUGUUCUGACAAAACAGGCACUCUGACACAGAACCGCAUGACAGUUGCACACAUGUGGUUUGACAAUCAGAUUCAUGAGGCUGAUACUACAGAGAACCAGAGUGGUGCUUCCUUUGACAAGAGUUCUGCCACUUGGACAGCCUUGUCCAGAGUUGCAGGUCUCUGCAACCGUGCUGUGUUUCAAGCCAACCAGGAGAAUGUGCCUAUUCUUAAGAGGGCAGUGGCUGGAGACGCUUCUGAGUCUGCGCUUCUAAAAUGCAUCGAACUGUGUUGUGGUUCCGUCAAGGAGAUGAGAGAAAGGUACCCCAAAGUGGUGGAAAUACCAUUUAACUCUACCAACAAGUACCAGCUGUCAAUUCACAAGAAUGCAAAUCCAGCAGAAUCACGUUACUUGCUGGUGAUGAAAGGAGCCCCAGAGAGGAUCUUGGAUCGCUGCAGCUCCAUUCUCAUUCAUGGCAAAGAGCAACCACUGGAUGAAGAAACAAAAGAUGCUUUUCAAAAUGCCUACCUUGAGUUGGGAGGCCUUGGAGAGAGAGUGUUAGGCUUCUGUCACUUGGCUCUACCUGAUGAUCAGUUUCCUGAAGGCUUCCAGUUUGAUGCAGAUGAAGUAAACUUUCCUGUAGAGAAACUCUGCUUUGUAGGACUGAUGUCUAUGAUAGACCCUCCUCGUGCUGCUGUGCCAGAUGCUGUCGGCAAAUGCAGAAGUGCUGGAAUCAAGGUUAUCAUGGUUACUGGAGACCAUCCAAUCACUGCCAAAGCCAUUGCCAAGGGUGUCGGCAUCAUCUCUGAGGGCAAUGAAACAGUAGAAGAUAUUGCUGCUCGGCUCAACAUUCCUGUCAGCCAGGUCAACCCUAGGGAUGCGAAGGCCUGUGUUGUUCAUGGCUCAGAUCUGAAAGACAUGACUAGUGAGCAACUGGAUGACAUUCUGACUCAUCAUACAGAAAUUGUCUUUGCCAGGACAUCUCCUCAGCAGAAGCUUAUAAUUGUUGAAGGCUGCCAGCGACAGGGUGCAAUUGUAGCAGUCACAGGUGAUGGUGUAAAUGAUUCCCCAGCCCUGAAGAAGGCAGACAUUGGUGUUGCUAUGGGUAUUGCUGGCUCGGAUGUCUCCAAGCAGGCAGCUGACAUGAUUCUGCUGGAUGAUAACUUUGCUUCCAUUGUCACUGGGGUUGAAGAAGGUCGUCUGAUCUUUGAUAACCUGAAGAAGUCGAUUGCUUACACCUUGACCAGUAACAUUCCUGAGAUCACACCCUUCCUGAUUUUCAUUGUUGCAAACAUACCCCUUCCACUGGGAACGGUCACUAUCCUCUGCAUUGACUUGGGCACUGACAUGGUUCCUGCUAUCUCUCUGGCAUAUGAGCAAGCAGAGAGUGACAUCAUGAAGAGGCAGCCCAGAAAUCCCAAAACAGACAAGCUGGUGAAUGAAAGGCUGAUCAGCAUGGCCUAUGGGCAGAUCGGUAUGAUCCAGGCCCUUGGAGGUUUCUUCACCUAUUUUGUAAUCAUGGCAGAGAAUGGGUUCUGGCCUUCUGGCUUGCUAGGGAUCAGAGUUCAAUGGGAUGACCAAUGGAUUAAUGAUAUGGAAGACAGCUAUGGGCAGCAAUGGACUUACGAACAGAGGAAGAUUGUGGAAUUCACUUGCCAUACAGCCUUCUUUGUGAGCAUUGUGGUUGUGCAGUGGGCAGACUUGAUCAUCUGUAAGACCCGAAGGAACUCUGUCUUCCAGCAGGGGAUGAAGAACAAGAUUUUAAUAUUUGGUCUCUUUGAGGAGACCGCUCUAGCUGCGUUCCUCUCCUACUGUCCUGGAAUGGACGUUGCUCUAAGGAUGUAUCCCCUCAAACCGACCUGGUGGUUCUGUGCCUUCCCGUACUCCCUCCUCAUAUUCCUGUACGAUGAAAUCAGAAAGCUGAUUAUCAGACGCAACCCUGGUGGUUGGGUGGAAAAAGAGACUUACUACUAAAAAGCAAUUGUAAAACAUUCCACGCACAGCCCACCGCCACCUCUCCGCCAUCUCCCCUGUGUGCAUACUUCAUCUUUGCGAGCGCAGAAUUGUGCCUGGGCAGGAAUGAGCUGAAACUGAAGGAAACAUGAGGAAGCAUGGACUGGAGGAGAAAGCAAGGGGGAGGGGGAGGGAGUGUCUGACCAUCAGUCCAUGGGGACAAGAGAUUAGGUAGUUCUUAUGUGCCUUUUUGUUUUUGUAAAAGGAAAGAAACUGAAGAUUUUAUAUGUGAAUUUUUACAAAUAAAGAUGGAUUAUAAGAGGAUGCCCCCACACAGUCUUAGGCAGAUGUUUUCUCAAGGCAAAACUCUGUUCAGGGCAGUGGGGAAGCCAAGUAGAGGGCCAAACGCUCAUUAAGAUAUGAGAAUGACCAUGUGCAUUAGUACUUGGCUUCCUAUCUCCAGCGGGGAACCAGAGCUGCUUGACCUGGAGACAACAGUGCAGUUCUUAAAGGCCUUUGUGAUCUUGCUUUGUAGAACAAACAUGUUGCAAGUGCUUGUGUUUUGGAGCCUUAAGUCCAGGAAGCUCUCUACCCUCUAUAAUCCUAUGUCCUCACUGCCUUCUGCAAAGUCUUCUGCUAAGCAAAUGUAGCAUCAGAGGGAGAGAAGAGCUUGUGGCUGCUCUGAGAGGCUGCAGUGUGCUUUGUUUUCCAAAUGAGAACAGACUGCCACUGACUGGCGGUUAGAUCCAAACCUCCCUGUUCUUAAAAUCCCCAAACUAUAACUUUCCUGGCUGCUUUGCUAAGCAGACGCUAGUCCUCAUUGCAUGAACACUUAUUUCAGAGCCUGUUCUGGAAGAGUAUUGCCUCAGUCCUGCUGCCAUUGGCUCAUGUCUGCAGUGGAUGGAUGGCAGAGGCUCGUUGUGGAUAGAGUACAGGCUCUCUCUUCCGCUAUCCAAAGUUUUCCUCUCCCUCUCUUUUCUCUAUUUUGUUCUGUUCUUGGAGUUUCCUGGCCUCAGCUCUGUAACCAUACUCAGCCAGAGCAGACAGUGGGAAUGAGGAAGAGGAGGGACGAAUAGUGGGACAUGGGUGUUAACAUUUCUCAGCCUUAUCUCACACCCAGCAGUGAGGGUGGGUGAUGGCUGCAGAUAGGCCUCUCCCUUCAGCCAGGUCGUGUACUUUGAGUAUGGUGCCAGGGUUGCCGAGCUGACUCAGUGGGCCCUCAGGCUGAAGUGGGAAGGUUGUGCUGCUUUAGUCUGGCUUUUUAAACAGUAAAUCAAAACAUAUGGGAAAUUGCUUAUGUUUGUAUGGUUGGCUGAUGAAAACUUAAUAGGAGAACUGGGCUGUUAUCACAUGAGCACUCAGCACCAUGAAGUCCUAAUUUUACAUGGCUUGUACUGUUUUGGUAGAGCUGAAGGUACUCCAGGUCCUUGGUCCUCUUCUUGAACUGCCUGUCUUCGCUGCUCUUGGACGUGCUCCUACCUCUGCAUAGGGUCACUUUAAACCUGAACGUUGAUAGGGUCUGCAGCCAAAACUUGUCAUCCCUCAGUUGUUUUAAACUUUUUGAAGAGUUAUUUUAAAGCCAAGUCAUUUUCCUGAUCUCCUGUACAAUACUGACUUGCAAACAGCUGUAGCAGUACAAGCGGGAGGGAGGGAGGGAUGAAGUGAGAGGUGAGGGUGGGACCUCUGUAAACUGUCUCGGACACUGUAAUGUGGAACCCUCAGCUGGAGGAUUUAAAAAUAAAGUGCUCCACUUGUCUGAGUCUA